AUGCAUCAUGCAUCACUGACUUCCAAAAUUAAUGUAGCGCAGUCGGGUUACUGGUGGCUCCAAACGGGAAGAGCCAGAUUUCGAUCUAGUUCUGGUUAUCUACUUUCUUCUCCUAUAAUUUUCUCAGGAAAUUGUAACGGGGGCAAUACUCAUUUAUUUGCUACUCAACGGCGUUACAAAAAGAACAAAAAGAAGAGAAGCAGUUCCGUGUGCGAUUCUGCGUUGGUUUUCUCAUAA